AACUAUAACUAUAAAACUAUAAAACCCUAUUUUAUCAAACUCUUUGUUUUAACAGGAGAGCUGUGGUGAAUUAUGAUGUCCAGCUGUUUAAUGAUAACUUUGGUAACCUAGACAUGUAUUGUUUUUUUUUACUGGUUUCACAAACCCUGGUUUCAGUAAGUAGGUAGCUUUAUGUUUGCAUCAACUCUGAGGGUCAUUUAAAGUGGACACGUGAUGAACAUCUGUCAUGGGGUCGAAGGACGGAGAGCAGCUACAGAUGUUGGGAAGGGUGAAGAUGCAGCACACCUCGUGCACAGAGGACCGGAUCCAGCAUGCUCUGGACCGCUGUCUGGAUGGCCUACAAGCAUCCAGCACCCUUUCACAGUCCUGGAACACUGGCUGGUGUAUGAACCGCUGGAGUCUGGAAGAACUCUUAAGGAGAGAUCCUGAAAACUUCCUCAUCCUCCUCCAGCAGAUCCUCACCAAAGCCAGACAGGUGCAGGAGGAGAAUGAGUAUGAGUUGGUGGCUCCUUUGGCCAUCAUGUUUGAGUCAACACUCAUACAGACUCCACACUGCCCACUGGACAGUGAUCUGCUGGCCGAGGCGUGCGAGGUGUUCCAUGGGUUUCUGACGUGGCCUGAGCCGUACUCCAACGUGUGCUGCAGUCUUCUCAGCACUAUACAGCAGGAGCUUCGUGCACCAGGGAUUUCGUACCACAGGCUGGUGAGAGAGGAACAGGGCCUUGCUGCUGCUGUUCAGAGCAGAAGAACCAUUACUGUGAUGUUGCUGAACCCAGCGGAUGUUCCUGCAUCGUUUCUCUCGGUGUUAGAGCAGAUGAGUGGAGCUGAGGUUUCACGCAGAGACUCCAGCAUCACUCUCAUAAAACACGCCUUCCAGUCCACACUCGGCACCAAAUACCCACUCCCCUCCAUACACACAGCACUGCAGUCUCUUGGUGAAGAGGAGAUGGAACAGGCUGUUUUGUUGGUAACGGAGCUGCUGGAGUCAGCAUCAGCCAUGCCGGAUGUGAAUGAAGCUCGAUCACAUGUAGCACAAGGACUGGAGCAGCUUAAAGAAAAACUCAAUAUCCCAGGAUGCGACAGCAAGAAGAUGGAUGGGAUGUUGCAGAUUCUGAGGGUGCCUACAGCAAAAUGCUACACAAUCCGCUGGGACACUGAUAACUUUGAUGUCCUAAAUGAGCUUUUGGAAUCAGAGCCUGAGCUGGCCUCCAUUCAGGCCUCUGAGGUUCCAGCAGAGGAGGACGAAGUUGAUGAAGAUGUGGAUGAAGAGGAGGAUCUGGAAGAGAUGGAGGAAUUCGGGACUCUCAGCUACAUGGAUCCGCGAGCGUCCAUGUUCUCCACAGUGUCGUCUUUGUCCACUGCAUCCAAAGACUCAAUGUUCUCCACGUAUUCUGUGGCUUCCUCUGAGUGUUCUCCACUCUCCACGCUCUCCUCCUCCUCCCAGGCUUCUGGAACUGACAGUGAUUUCUGUGAGGAGGCAGAGGAGGACUCUCCGGUUCCUCCAACAUCUGGAAAACCCAAGAGUUCCUCUGGGUUUAAGCGCCUGUCCCGUCUGUUCAAGGCAAAAAGCAGCCACUCUCUGUGUCGCGCUAAAAGCCUGGGAAACGCUGAGGCCAAAGACAUCUUGCCUUCUGUUCGUUCAAAACGCUCCAACUCUGUCCCCCAGCAGGCCCUGUUGCGCAGCUCUGAGGUGGGGCUCACUGAGAGCCUCCUGAUGCAGCAGGCUCUGGGCUGUGUGCGCUACAGGAGAAGGCCCAUCCUUAGUAGUGCAGAGACUGAGGAACCUGGAGCUACGUUGCUUAGGGUUCUGGUGUUCGGUGCUGACCACGUGGCCGGCAGAGUGGCCCGGGCGUACAGCAGCCUGCGAAGAAAAGAGCGAGACUGCCCGAGACUCAGCAAGGCCUUCAGGCUCCGGUUCUUCUUCGUACCAGUGAGGAGAGAUCCGCCAGGAAACGGAGCAGUGACCCAGUUCUCUGCAAGUCCACUUAAAGCUUCACAGGAUGUAAAUAUGGACGUGCCAGAGCACAGCACUAACGACAUUGCAACCCUACUGGGCAUGCUGGACCCCUGGUACGAGAGAAACACACUGUGCCUGCUCGACCUGCCACUACAUAUAGUGUGCAAGCAAACAUCUAAGCCUGAGCCCGAGCUGCUGGAGGACUCAGCAGAAGACGGUUUACCAAUCCUAGCCGACCUGCUGCUUUACUACUGCAGGAACGCAACGCGACCGGCACUCGUUCAGCUCUACCAAGCAGAGCUGACACUGGCUGGUGGUGAGAUAAGGACAGAAGUGUUCGUCCACUCUCUGGAACUCGGACACACGGCAGGAACAAGAGCCAUUAAAGCUAUGGGUGCUGCGAGUAAGCGAUUUGGUAUAGAUGGAGAUCGUGAGGCAGUGCCUCUCUCUCUGGAGGUUGUUUAUAACCAGGUGGUAAUCAGUGGUAGGAAUCAGAAGACGAGGGCCGAAAAAGUCUGCACGUCAGUAAAUCUGAUCAAAGCCUGCAGGAACGCAGAGGAGCUAGACCCUAAAAUCGAGUGUCUGCAGCUGACAAUGACGGAGGUGCUGAAGAGACAGAACUCUAAAUCUAAGAAGAGCUUUAAUCAGCAACUGAGCACCACUCGGGCAAAAGUGGACAAGGUGCGUGUGUGUGGAUCAGGAAACACAACAUUCGCUGUGUGUUUGGAUCAGGACGAGAAAAAGAUUCUUCAGAGUGUGACCCGGUGUGAGGUGUCCGUGUGUUACAAACCAGACAGCUCUGCUAACUGGCCAAGGUUCAGGACUCUGACCACUCAAGUCCAGCCUCUGCAGCCCACAUUCUGCUCUCUGCUCUGCUUGCCCAUCUCAACCUUCAGUGGACCCCAACCCUGAACCCCAAACCUCAUCCCUGCACUUCCAAGCUCCCACCCUGAACUCUAAGCCCCUAAAUCUUCACUUUAAAGUGCUAACCCUGAACAUGUAGUCCUCUAUAUCUCAGUCAUGAACCACUAAACUCCAACAGUGAAACAUGAACCUUAACUCU